CGCCCCUUUACACACACCACACACACAGACACACGAACACACACGCACAUACACACACACACUGACACACAUAACAGAUAAAGGCGGGAAAACGUCUCUGUCCCUCAAUCCCAUGCUCUCCUUUUAAACAAGACAGUCGCUCAUAAAACCUGUUUAAAGGAUCAUGAAAUCGAAACCCUAGAAGAGCUGGAGUUUGUUGUGCUUUGAGGAGGAGUUUGGUGUACGGGCAACACUGGAGUCCACAGUGAGGAAAAGAGCUGGUUCAGGCAUCUGAAGACAGGAUAUUUUUCUGCAGCCGAAGAUUAAUCCAUGAAGUCAGAUGUUAUUGCCAUGACUCCGCUGAGCCUAACCCUGGGCCAGGGCGGGGAGCCCAAGCAGGGCACGGUGUGCAUCUUUGGCACGGGAGACUUCGGACGAUCGCUGGGGCUCCGUCUGCUCCAGGCAGGAUAUGAGGUCGUGUUCGGCUCUCGUGACCCCAAGAACAACUCCCUGGUGCCCAAGGGUUCAAAGGUCAUGACCCACGCGGAGGCCGCUCAGAUGUCUCGGGUCAUUUUCAUAGCCGUGCAGCGGGAUCACUAUCAAUUCCUGACCUCGCUGACCUCCGCUCUGAAGGGCAAGGUGCUGGUGGACAUCAGCAACAACCUGAAGAUGGGCCAGUACCCACAAUCCAAUGCUGAGUACCUGAGCAGCCUGGUGCCUGGAGCGUCUGUGGUGAAAGGCUUCAACACCGUGUCAGCCUGGGCCCUGCAGUCAGGCGCGCUCGACGCCAGCCGACAGGUCUUACUGUGUGGGGACGACCCUGGUGCCAAGCAGGCCGUGGUGGACAUUGCCCACAGCCUGGGUCUGAGUGCCCAGGACAGGGGCUCCCUGCGUGCUGCUGGGGAGAUAGAGGACAUCCCCCUGCAGCUCUUCCCCAUGUGGAGGCUGCCCCUCUGGAUCGCCGCGGGACUUCUUUGCUUCUUCUACUUCUAUCUACUGGCUCGCGAUGUGAUUUACGCGUACGUUAUGAAUGGAAAAGACAUCUCAUUCAGGAUGAUGAUAUCGCUGGCUAAUAAAGUCUUCCCCAUUGUUUCGCUAAUCAUGCUAGCUCUGUGCUACCUGCCGAGUGUUUUGGCGGCCAUCUUGCAGUUGUAUCACGGCACCAAGUACAAGCGCUUCCCUGAUUGGCUGGAUCGCUGGAUGCUGUGCAGGAAGCAGCUGGGAUUGGUGGCUUUGGCACUGGCCUUCCUGCACGUGCUCUAUACGCUAGUCAUCCCCAUCAGAUACUACGUCAGGUACAAGGCAGCGGCAAGCACCAUCUCACAGAUCAAAGAGAACAAGACGAACCCGUUUGACACCACCCUGGCAUGGAGGACGGACUCCUACUACUCGCUGGGGAUUCUGGGAUUUGGCCUCUAUGUGCUGCUGGGCAUCACCUCUCUGCCCUCCGUCAGCAACGCACUCAACUGGAGGGAGUUCCGCUUCGUACAGUCUAAACUAGGUCACGUGACCCUGCUGCUGUGCACAGCCCACACGUUUCUCUACGGCUGGAACAAGUUCCUGAAGGCGUACUCCUACAAGUGGUGGACGCCGCCUGGCUACAUGCUGUGCCUGGUGGUCCCCUGCAUUGUACUGGUCUCCAAGGUCAUCCUCAUGUUGCCCUGCAUAGACCGCACGCUCACACGUAUACGGCAGGGCUGGGAGAGACCUGGCACGGGCUACAACGCACAGCUCAAUGGUGGCGGCACCCGAAAACCGCUAAUGGCCUAGGGAAGGCCCCAAAGUCGAUAAUACUUUAGAAGUGGGUUUGCAUGUUAGCCACUAACUAAAACAUCAUGCCUAAAUACUAUCUAUAAUUACUAUCUGUGGGCAGUCAUGGGUAUGCGGUUACGGCGGUUACAGCGUCAGACUUGUAGCCCAAAUGGUUUGACUCCCGACCCACCAGGUUGGUGGGGGGAGUAAUUAACCAGCGUUCUCCCCAUCCUCCUCCAUGACUGAGGUACCCUGAGCAUGGUACCGUUCCUGCCGCACUGUUCCCUUUCGGACGCCAUUGGGGGCUGCCCCCUUGCACGGGUGAGGCAUAAAGGCAAUUUUGUUGUGUGCAGUGUGCAGUGCUCACUUGUGUGCUGUGUCACGAUGACAAUGGGAGUUGGAGUUUUCAAGUUGAGCUUUCACUUCGCUUUCACUAUAGUGGUAUAGUGGUGUCAACAAUGAUUGAUCCGGCGAUGCAAUCCAAUGCGGGGCAUGGACGAUCCAAUUUAAUGCGGCAAGUUCCAGAAUCGAUGCGGCAAUUUUUUUACGUUUCAAUUACUUCCGUGGAUAUUUCGGGAGCAAAUGAAUAUUAAAUUAAAUAAAAGUACUUCAAAGCAUUGCAAGACUGAUACAGACUGAUCCAGACUGAUACGGAAAACAGCCAAUAAAUUGUUGCUCAGUAUCUGACUACUUAUUUUGCCUCAUCAUGACUGAUGAAACAUUUGCUUUGCUUUCAGUAGAAAUGUAAUGUAUUGCAAUGCACUGUAGAAUUGAAUCGGAUUGGAUCGAAUCGCAUAGAAUCGAAUCAAAUCACUACCUCCCGAAUCGUGAUCGAAUCGGAUCGUGAGGGCAGUGCCAAUCCACACCACUACUAUAUACGUGACUUAUAAGACAUUCAUACAGACAGUAUUUAGGCAUUUGUUAAUGGCUAACAUGUUAACCAAAGGUUGGCACAUUUUCUGUACAGUCAGGGUAUUGCAUUUUACAGUAAGACAUGACACAAGUGACCCACCCAGUCAUUUUCCCCUGGAAGCAACUCCCUUUCAGUUUGUAUAACUUUGCAACAUGAUUAUGCUUUUGGUUAUGAAAAUAUUCGCUGUAAAGUUUUUUAUCUUUUCUUGAUAAAGUCUUAUAAUUAAAGGUUAACUUCUGCCAAUUUCAAUAUGCUGUUGUAAUGCUCACACUACCCUGGACUUGUCAGUACCUGGGCGCAGGUGUAUGUUUACACUUCCAAAAACAUCUUGAUUUAUUCCCAAUACCAUCCAAAAGGUGAUACAACAUCAGCAGACGACUAACAAACAGCCAGAUCCCAAAUCCCAAAAAGAUACCUUUUGGGAUAAUAUUUGGAGUAGGCCUAUGUUAAAAAAAAUGCAGCAUCACCGGGUACUGACAAGUCAAGGGUAGCUUGAGCAAUACAACAGCAUAUUGAAAUUGGCAGAAGUUAUCCUUUAAAUACAAUGUAACGUGCCGUAUAAUGAAGUCCUGUUAUUUCAUACAUGAUUCUGUGGCAGCCAGGCUAUUGGAAUGAGUUUUGCAUUGAUGUUUUGUACUUGACAUGCUGUUUUAUGAGUCCUCCUGAAGGAGUGUUGAUUAAAAUACCUGACUUAAAA